GUUCCUCUUUCAAUAUGAAAGUGCACAACUGCUCGCCCUCCCCCUCAUUUGUCAUGCAAAAUUGCAAGUCCACCCUUUGCCUGUUAGCACUGUUUGCAUGACAGACUCCGGAAUUUUUAUUUUAUCCAAAACAGCAGUACGUACAAUCCUCUAGCAAUUUGUCAAGCAAAAGCUGCAUCUUUGCCAGCGCUUGUGUUGCUCUACUUCAUGCCAACAUACAAAUGAGGGGGGGGGGAGUUCUUGUGCCUUCUCAUAUUCAAGGUGCGGAGUCGCUCCUGGUCCCGCACCCGCAAACCGCACAGCUGCUGUCGCGCUACUGGCCGACUGUCACGAGCACGGAAGCCAUGUUUGAGAACGUACAAGACUUGGCGUCGCUGGACGUGUCCUCGUAUGAGGUCGGCAGUGUGACCACGAUAUCACACAGAAAAAAGCUGGCAGGGCAUAUUUGUAAAAUGCAAAAAUAAAUACACAGAAAAAUCUGUAUUGCGUAUCCGAAACAGCAUGCUAUGGGGCCACCCACGACAAAUUUUUCUGCAUAUUUAUUUUUGCAUUACAAAUAUGCCCUGCCAGCUUUUUUCUGUGGGAUACACGAUGCGCCGGAUGUUCCAGAGCGCCAAGUCGCUGACCAACCUCGCGGGGUUGGGCAACUGGGCCACAAAGGUGACGCAAGUGACGGACCUCGCCUAUGCCUUCGCAGGACUCAGUGCCCUCGAUACCGCGGAUUUGAACACGGUUUCGGCUACCUACGCAGCGACUUCGCUUGCAUCCUGGCAAAUCACGAAAGUGAAGACGCUAAAGGCGACCUUCAAGGACAGCGUUCUGGCGAACUUCGAGGUGCCGUUGUGGGAUGUUUCGCAGGUGACUGAUUUCGGCGACGCGUUCGCCAACGCCACGACAUUCGACCCGGAUGUGCGGGAGUGGGAUGUGUCCAGUGGCCGCGACUUCACGCGGAUGUUCCAGAACGCGCGAGCCGCACAAGCCCAGACGGGCAAGUGGGCCGUGAGUAAAGCGACCACGUUCGAGGGCAUGUUCCAGGAUGCGAUCGUCGCGGAGCCCAACGUGACCCUUUGGGACGUGGGUGCGGUGGGCGUGAUCUCGGACAUGUUCGACAACGCGCGCCGGGCCAAGCCCUGCGUCUCGCACUGGGUCUUCGGCGCGGCCAAGCUGGUGCGGAUGCGGAACGUGUUUCGGGAUGCGGUCUGUGCCUCCCCGAACGUGGUGGACUGGGACCUCUCCGGCCUCGUGGACUCGCAAGACUGGGCGCUGAACACGGCACACACCGCGCUCGAGUGUUUGACAACCGCGGACGGCAGUGCGUACGAGCUCAGUUUUGAGAACCAGGGACACCGCGCGGACAACAGCUGUCCCACGGACGAUCCGUUCCGCGUCGAAAUCGAAGUGACCAAUGAUCGCGUGAACACCACCCUGCAGCUCCCACUCCACGGCAGUCCCACGCUAACCAAGACGAACGCGGGCGGGGUGUCCGAAACGCUCAACACGUACAAAUUCACCGUGUACUGGGGUGAGGCCGGCCACUCCCCCACACUGCAAGAGGUGGUCACCAGUCACCGCGGAGACUUCGCGUUCACGCACGCGUAUCGGCAGGCGGGCCGCUACCUGGUAACCGUGCGGGGAGUGCUGGACCCAGGUUGGGCCGACGUGCAGGAUGACGCUGCGGUCGUGGACCAGGUGGUCGCCUUCAAGAAGUCGUUGCGCGACGUGAAGCAACUCGGACAGUCCAUGCACCACCUGAUACCCAGGCUGUUUCAAGAGAGCUCGGAACUGACAGAGAUGAAAACCGACCACCGCGCUUUUCUGUACGCGUGGCCGCGAGUCACCUCGCUGGUGAAGAUGUUCGACAACGCGCGGGAGCUGCGGACGCUGGAUGUGGGCACGUGGGAUGUCGCGCAGGUCACCUCCCUUUACCGCACCUUCCACCAAGCUCUCAAGCUGGAGAACGUGACCGGGUUCGACACCUGGGAUACCUCCUCCGUGCGCACCACGGAGGAGACCUUUCUCUACGCGCAAAGUCUCCGCACCUCGGGCUACCACGAGGCGGUUCCCGACGUCAACGCGAACGGCCCCAGCGCGGGGCUGCAGGUCACCGUCGACCAGAAGCAGGGGGUGGCGGCCUGGGCUCUGGGUCAGGUCACCACCAUGCGCCGCAUGUUCGCUUACUCGAACGUCGGCCAGUGGGACACGACCCUGUGGAACGUCGCCAAGGUGACGGACUUCUCGGAGAUGUACUUCUACGCGCC